UCUUUUUGGAAACUGCAUGGUAACUAUUAUAUAGUUAAAGAAGAGCAUUCUGACCUCUGCCCUGGGACUUCCUGGAUCCUCCUCUUCUUAUAAAUACAAGGGCAGAGCUGGUAUCCUGGGGAGCCAGGAAGCAGUGAGCCCAGGAGUCCUCGGCCAGCCCUGCCUGCCCACCAGGAGGAUGAAGGUCUCCGUGGCUGCCCUCUCCUGCCUCAUGCUUGUUGCUGUCCUUGGAUCCCAGGCCCGGUUCACAAAUGAUGCAGAGACAGAGUUAAUGCUGUCAAAGCUUCCAUUGGAAAAUCCAGUAGUUCUGAACAGCUUUCACCUUGCUGCUGACUGCUGCAUCUCCUACGUCUCACAAAGCAUCCCGUGUUCACUCAUGGAAAGUUAUUUUGAAACGAGCAGCGAGUGCUCCAAGCCAGGUGUCAUAUUCCUCACCAAGAAGGGGCGGCAAGUCUGUGCCAAACCCAGUGGUCCGGGAGUUCAGGAUUGCAUGAAAAAGCUGAAGCCCUACUCAAUAUAAUAAUAAAGAGACAAAAGAGGCCAGCCACCCACCUCCAACACCUCCUGUGCCAGGGCAGGCAUCCCCAACUCAGGCUUGGCCAAUCUAUGCUCCCUUUCAGAGAUCUGAGCCUGGAACAAGUGUUGCAGAGAAGCAGAAAAAGAGAGGACUCCAUCCAGGUGACACUGGUGGUGGCAACAGCUUCCAGAUUCUGGAAGCAGCAGUGCCAGCACACGUACCCCAUGACCAGUGCUAGAGGUCAGCAAUGCUAGCUGCAGUGCCCAGCAGCAGUGGCAGCAUUCACACCAGUUGACUCUUCUGGCAUGAUUUUGGAUGUGGCAUUGGAGUUGGUCUCUCUAGGAUUCUACCUCCGCCUCCCAGAUUCAAGCAAUUCUCCUGCCUCAGCCUCCCUACUAGCUGGGAUUAUGUGCCUGCCACCACACCUGGCUAAUUUCUGUAUUUUUAGUAGAGACAGGGUUUCGCCAUGUUGGCCAGGCUGGUCUCAAACUCUUAACCUCAGAUGAUCCACCCACCUCGGCCUCCCAAAGUACUGGGAUCACAGGCAUGAGCCACUGCACUCAGCCUCUACCUACUUUUCAAGCCUUCCUGAUAC